UCGUGAUGUGCCAGUUCAACACAUCUAUGACAUGCCCGAACACAGCAGCAGAGGAGACGAUAAGCGUGUCGUGAGCUCAGAGGAGGAGGUCUUGGGGCGCUCCCCCGGCAUGACGACCUGCACCUCCUGCCACCAGCAGGUCGUGACCGACAUCACCUACAAAGUCGGGAGGUUUGCCAAGAUGAUAUGCGCCCUCUUCGUCAUCCUCGGGCUGCUAAUGUGCCUGGUCCCCAUGCUCCUGCUUCCAUUUCCUCUCUGCAUGAAACAGUUCAAAGACGUGCACCACACGUGCCCGUGCUGCAGGGAAGUGCUGCACGUGGAGCAGAAGCGAUGCUGUCAAUGCCGAACAUGAGGGC